AUGAACGUGUCGCCACCUGGUUGUUCGGGUGGGGUAGUGGAGUUUGCAGCCUAUCAUGCGGAUGGUUUGGAUUGGCGGCGCAUUUCCACUCAUUGCUCACUAUCGCAAUUGGAUCUCAUUCUCCUCCUGUGUAUACUCUCCAUUGCCCUCGUCGUUUUUGCUGUCUUCCUUCUCUCCGAUCUUAGCAUUUUCCGCCGGCGAAAGUUCUCAAGGCCAGUUUUGUCGGAAGAUGAAGAUUUGCACCAGCGAAUGUCUCUGAUGGGUGAUAUUGUUAAACCAAUCCACAGGUCUUUCUUGGUACAUGUUCUAACUUAUCUCACGCCUAAAGGUACCAUGUUGGCAACCACUCCUGCUGCCGAUACUCCAAUUGUGCUUGAAUCUCUUCGGCCGUCGAGGCCUUCUUUAGAUGAGAAGGAUCGCACUGAUGGAUCACCCAUUUAUCUCUCCAGUUCUUAUCGGAGCUAUCCGAUCAACAUUUUCUGCGUGGGUUUAACAGUGUCUGUCGUCAUUGCUCUGCUAGUUGGAACGACGUACACCUGCUUCCUCGCACAGCAGAUUGAACAUACACUAAUCGGUUUAACGGAACAUAUUGAGAACGUAUCCCAGUCUUUCAAGGACCUAGCAAACGUCUUUGUUAGCGAGAGUUAUUCCAUCAUGAAUCGUGUACUUAAAGAGGAUUUGGCACAAAGUAACCACAAUAGCAAUCUUCGACCGUUCAUUGAAGAGAUGAAACUAAUUUGGGGAGAUGAAGCUAUGCGAUUAUACGCAAUGGCUCUGAAUAUCACUCCGAGUAAAAAGUGGUUACGAGAGAACACGCGGUCUAAUCUUCUGCAUUUCAACACAUUCCUCCGUCGUCUUUCUUCUCUUUUCUCUGUGGCACCGUUCCUCAGUGAGGUUAAUGUAAAAUCAGUCAAUGAUGUAUAUCUUUCCUAUACUCAUGAACUCGUUCGGUUGACACCUCACCCUCUAUUUAAACUCACUUCUUGGAAAGACAUACAAAUCCUUAACUUCACGUCCGUCGCUCUGUGUGCGCGCAGUACCAACUUAUUUCCAACUUGCAAUGAUGUGGAGUCAUAUCUUGAGAUGGUUGCUAAUAAACUAGAAGCCUGGCCAAGGUAUGUGAAGAGCCGAGAUUUUACGAAGGUCACUGCUUUUACUCUCCUUCCUCGAAUGUUGAAUGCCGAAGCUCAUGUUGAGAGGUGGGUUCCUCUGGCACAAGAUCCUACGGGAAACAUUCCAUUCCUCUUUGACGAAUUUCUGAUUUCCGAGAUCGAUAAAGAUAGAGCAAGGCUGAACCGGAGUCUUGAUAGUCUACCAAAACAGUGGGCCGAGAGUUCAGUCAGGAAGUAUCUAAGCAUGGUCUCUGUCUUUCCGAUUGUUCUAGCGAUAAUUCUCUCGAUUCUUCUUUUACUCACUAUAAUAACCAUUCUGUUCAACUCAAACUGUUGUUUCUGCUGCUUGACAAGACCUAAUCGAUUGGGUAAGGAUAAUGCAGGUGGAAAAAUGUCAACUUGCUAUCAUCAGUCCUUCGCCAUGGUCUCUACCUUUCUCUGCAUUAUCGGUGUUGUCUGCGGGACAGUUGGUAGUAUUGGCCAGAACCAACUGUGUGAUGUUCUUUUCGUUCGACCACAAUCUGCAGACAUCUGGUUGAAUCACCUAAUGUCGACAGUUCUUCCCCUUGUUGAUGAUCUCAUAGAAGUACUUGAAAUAGAAAACAUUCAGUUUCGAAUUCCUGAGAGGGUCUUUAGUACCUUGGACUCAAAUUACACAUCAAAAUCCCUUCCGUUGCUUCAAUCCGUCCAUAUGAAUCGUCCAAUGAAUUUGACAGCACUUUGGCAUUCUCAUUGGUUGAACAAAACCCUUUAUGAUCUUUGGUACAAAGAGGUGUGGCCUCUGAUGGAAAAAGCAAAUAUUUCCUACCAGAUACCUCGAGUUCCACUCUCGAAAACUUUCUCGCAAUUCAGGACGGCCGUUAAACUAGACCAGACUUUCGAUGAACUCUACGUCGGAAAUGUUACCGAAUACCUUCCUGAGCCGGCCGAGGACUAUUACACGAAGAUUGGUCUGGCAUUAAGGGCGGUUUCUAGUCAUGGUUCGAAGGAGGCAGAACAACUCGCCACCUAUUUCACGACCAUUGGGGAUUUAAUAGCUCAGUAUCAAUUAAAAUUCGAUCAGAUCGCCCAGGCUUUGAAGGUGAUUGAAAAAAAUAAGGUGAUUUUAAAACUCCUGAGUCCACUUAUAGAUGUUGGGGAUAAGAUAAUCCUAUAUCUUGGCAAUAAAACCAAUCCUGAACUGAUAGCACAGUUCACAAACAACACGGCAGAAAUCUACAUCAAUUCUCACUCCUCAGUUGAACGCUAUGUGAUUCCAAUGGUCCAUCGAAUUCUCGAUCAACUCUUUCCCUACCCACAUCUACGGGAGACUUAUCGAAAAACCCUCUCCCCAAUUUGUCCCACAGAGCUUCCUCAUUCUGCGCUCUUCCUCUCUCUUAGGUGUUUUGGUUUCACUUUGAGUCUUUCCGCCUUUGGCUUAUUCAUUCUCAGUGUUGGCUGCAAUCGGAUCCUCUUGAAGACACACAACUCCGCCUCCUGUACAUAA